AUGGCUUUCUCUCUCUCCACACCCACCAUAUCCACACUCCUCUUCACGCUCUCCCUCCUCCUCUCAUUUCUCACCACACCCGCCUCCUCCGCCACCUUCAACUGCUCCGCCACCACCACCACCACCACCACCACCACCACCACCUGCCAGUCCCUCAUCGACUACGUCCCCGAAAACGCCACAACCCUCAACGCCAUCAAAACCCUCUUCAACAUCUCCCACCUCCGCACCCUUCUCGGAGCCAAUAACCUCCCCCUCUCCACCCCCCCGACCCAAAACGUAACCGCCCUCCAAAAGAUCCUCAUCCCUUUCACGUGCCUCUGCUCCAACGGCACCGGCGUCUCCAACAAGCGCCCGCAGUACAUCGUGAAGCCCGGCGACGACCUCGACCACAUCGCCACGGUCGUGUUCUCGAGGCUCGUGAAGUACCAGGAAAUUGCAGCGGUGAAUAAAAUUCCCAACCCGAGUCUGAUUAAAAUCGGGCAGAAGCUGUGGAUCCCGCUGCCGUGCAGCUGCGACGAGGUGAACGGCGAGAGGGUGGUUCAUUAUGGACACGUGGUGGAAGCUGGGAGCUCGGUGGAGGCAAUCGCGACCGAGUACGGGACGGACCAGGAGACUCUGCUGAGGAUCAAUGGCAUUGCAGAUCCGAAGACCCUUCAGGCCAAUCAAGUCCUCGAUGUUCCUCUCAAAGCUUGUUCAUCUUCGGUAUCGAAUAACUCAUUAGAUGCCCCUUUACUUGUUUCCAACAACACCUACGUCUUCACCGCCAACAAUUGCGUGAAAUGCCAGUGUAGUUCUGCGAACAAUUGGACCUUGCAAUGUGAGCCAUCCACUGUGAAUUCAACUGGAUGCCCUGCGAUGCAAUGCCAGGGUUCGAGUCAGCUAUUUCUUGGCAACACCACGACUUCCGGUUGCGAUCAAACAACCUGUACCUAUGCUGGUUAUACUAACAAGACCAAUGUUCUUACAACCCUGACAACACAGUCCACUUGUGCAGCUCCUCCUCCUGAUAAUAACAACAACGCUUCAAGGAUGGGUUUGCAAGGCUCCAGUUGGAGCUUCCUUUUCGCGGCAAUUCACUUGGCGCUUCUUUUUCUUCAUGUUCUUCAGUGA